AGACCUUAGCCGAAGGUUUACCUGCAGCCAUCCGCUCAACCGCCUCCACGCAACUUCUCCAUGCGCACUUCCUUCUGACCUCAACCUCCAACGCUCAGACGGACACAUCGCCACCUGCUCUCUGCUCCAGAGCGGCCUGUCGAAGCUCAUCCACCGAGCUCGCUUCUGCUCUAUCCUCCUCCUCUGGACUUCUCUUCUCUUCUCGUUCGCUACCACCACCACAGCAGCAGCAACGGCUCGGCUUUCACUAUCACCCACCCCGACUCCCCCACCCACGCCCUGCCGCGCCCUGCAGACUGCUUCCACAUCUCUUCUCUUGAAAUAUGGGUGCGGGCGCAACUGUCGAUGAAUUGACAAACCCACCGCUUCGCAGCCAGCAGAGGAUAAAAGACCAGCAGCAAACCAGCCCCGGCGUAACUCCGAGCCCCGCAAGCAUGGCGACAACCUCCACCACCACCACCCCGACCACAACCACACCACCUACACAGAGCACAAUAAGCACAAGCACAAGCACACCGCCGCCAAACAAUCUGGCAGUCGCAGCGCUCGACGGCGCGCCCUUCACAGAGAGCCAGAGCAGGAUUGAGUUCAACCGGGAAUACAACACCGCCUUAUCAGCAGCGCUUUCCUCGCUCGUCUCGACCUUUGUCGGCUUCCCGUUUGACAGCGUCAAGACCCGCAUGCAGGCCUACAAGUUCAAGUCCGUGCUCGACUGCGUGAUGGUCACGAAGAAGACCGAGGGUAUCAGCGGUUUCUUCCGCGGCGUGGGCGCGCCCAUGAUUUCGGUCUCGAUCGUGCGCACGCUCUCGUUCUCCAUCUACGCGCAAUGCAAAGCUACCUACACCACGAUCGCGAACUCAGUCAUGGGCGCCGGCUACGUCGUCGAUCCCGCGGGCCCGAUCCCGCUGACCGAAGACCAGCUCGCGCAUCCGGGCAAGAACCUGCUCCGCGCGAUUCCCACCUACUUUAUGUCUGGCUUCACCGCCGGCGGCUUCAUCGCCAUGUUUUCGUGCCCGUUCGAGUUCACUAAGCUGUCGACGCAGAUCGAGAUGCUCAUGGCCAGAGCUUCCUACGCGAACCUGCCUGACUCGGAGUUUACGAAAACAUACGUGCCCAAAGGCACGCUCGAGUCCGCAAAGGACAUCGUCCGCCGCCGCGGCAUCACGGGCCUCUACUCGGGCUUCAGGUACCACUUCGUCCGCGACGCGCUCGGCACCUCGCUCUACUUCUCCGUCUACGAAUCCUCCAAACAGCUCUCCCGCAUGUACAGCCCCACGCAGGCCGACCCAGGCCCGCUCGUGAUCGCCAUCUCCGGCGGCCUCUGCGGCAUCUUCUCCUGGGCCGUGCUCUUCCCCAUCGACACCAUGAAGUCGAUCGCGCAGCGCGACGUGCUCACCCGCCGCCCGGGCGAGGUCUUCAAGCCCCGCAAGUUCCAGCUGCUCAACCCGCGCAUGUACCGCGGCCUGGGCGUCUCCGUCGUGCGCACGGGCUUGGUCAACAUGACCUUCUUUUCGAUUUACGAGCCCUUGUUUAAGCAUCUCAUGGCUUCUUCCGAGCGCAAGGCGGCUACUUUGGAAGCUUGAGCACUAGUAUUCUCUUCUGUUUGUAUGACUAUGUCUUUUUGUUCUUAUGUUGGUUCCCUUGCAUUUUCGUAUGUUUAAUUUUUUGGGUUGUUAGUUCAUAGACCAAAUACUACUUUAUGCCGGUUUCAUUCCAUGUCCAAUAGAUCACAACAGAGA